CGUAAUGAUGAUCAAGUAAGGGUGCUGUUCCUCUGGAUCUUUCUUCUUCCUCGACCAGCCACCGUUUUUCCACUCUCACCGCCUCCACUUGAAGAGAUCUCGUCGUCCGACUAAAGGAAUGAUGAUCUCCGACGCCGUUUCAAAGCCUGUGAACCAUCUCUUCGCAUCUGAACAAAAGAGGGAUGCUUAUGGAUUCUCUGUGAGGCCUCAUCAUGUGCAAAGAUACCGAGAAUAUGUUAAAAUCUACAAGGAGGAAGAAGAGGAGAGAUCGGACAGGUGGAACAGUUUCCUGGACGCUCAUGCAGAAUCUGGCGUACCACCUGCGAAUAAAACAUCUGAAAAUAAUCUUGUACAUCCAGCUGAAAGUGAUAGCCAUAAAGAAGAGGGGUUAAACAGUGGCGCUGAAGGAAAAGAUCUGCAUACUGACUUGCCAGGUUCUGAUAUAACCCCUAGAGAUGUGGGAGAGGAAGAGAAACAUUCCAAUGUGAACCGAGUUCAGUUAUGGGCUGAGAUCAGACCAUCUCUUCGAGCAAUUGAGGACUUGAUGAGUGUCCGUGUCAAAACAAAGGGGGAUUCUUCAGAUGGCGAGCAAGAAGCUCAGAAAUUGAAACCUUCACCUUCAACUGACGAGGUCAAGUCUUCAAAUGGAGUAAACGAGACUGAUUCAGAAGAUGAGUUCUAUGAUGUGGAGAGAUCGGAUCCAGUUCAGGAUGGUUCUUUUGCAGAUGGUGCAAAUGUCUCUAGCAUGUCUGUUGCUGCUGAUGCAACUUCCCUAGUAUCUGCAUGCCCCUGGAAAGAAGAACUUGAAGUACUUGUUCGCGGUGGUGCACCUAUGGCUCUGAGGGGUGAGCUCUGGCAAGCAUUUGCGGGCGUUAAGAAACGCCGGGUCAAAAACUAUUACCAAAAUCUGCUAGCUGCUGAUAGUCUAGGAAACGACAUAGAGCAGGAGCAUAUGCAACAUGCAGAUGAGAAAGUUUCUAGUACAGACCCCCUCGCUGUUGUGGACAAAUGGAAAGGACAGAUAGAAAAGGAUUUACCCCGGACAUUUCCAGGUCAUCCUGCUUUAGAUGAUGAUGGCAGAAAUGCUUUGCGGCGAUUGCUAACUGCCUAUGCUAGGCAUAAUCCCUCUGUUGGAUACUGUCAGGCAAUGAAUUUCUUCGCUGCUCUUCUAUUACUUCUGAUGCCCGAAGAAAAUGCUUUUUGGUCGCUGAUAGGAAUAAUUGACGACUACUUCAGUGACUAUUAUUCAGAAGAGAUGAUCGAGUCCCAGGUUGACCAACGAGUUCUGGAGGAGUUGGUUCGAGAAAGAUUUCCUAAAUUGGUUCAUCAUCUAGAUUAUCUUGGAGUGCAGGUGGCAUGGGUUACAGGGCCAUGGUUUCUUUCCAUCUUCAUCAAUAUGCUUCCAUGGGAAAGCGUUCUCAGAGUGUGGGAUGUACUUCUAUUUGAAGGAAAUCGUGUCAUGCUUUUCAGAACAGCACUUGCAUUGAUGGAAUUUUAUGGUCCUGCAUUAAUUACAACAAAGGACACUGGAGAUGCUGUUACUUUGCUACAAUCAAUGACUGGCUCAACAUUUGAUAGCAGCCAGCUCGUUUUCACUGCUUGCAUGGGUUACCAAGAUGUACAUGAAAGUAGAUUGCAGGAAUUAAGAAGCAAGCACAGGCCGGCUGUGAUAGCUGCAUUUGAGGAAAGAAUAAAGGGGCUUCAAGCUUGGAGGGAUUCGAAAGGCCCUGUGACCAAAUUAUAUGAUUCCAAGCAAGACCCAAAAUCCGUUUUAGUGAAUUCUAGCAAAGCCUCAUUGUCAAAUGGGAGUUUGUCUCGCUCUGAAUCAGGAUCCAGUUACGCAGACGAAGUCUUGAUUAGUCUGACUGGGGAUGGAGAGACAGAUGAUUUUCAAGAUCUUCAAGGACAGGUUCUCCGACUGAAAGCUGAACUCUGCAAUUUGCUUGAGGAGAAAAGAUCGGCUUUACUAAGAGCUGAAGAGUUGGAGGUAGCUCUCAUGGAGAUGGUCAAACAAGACAAUCGGCCUCAACUGAAUGCUAAGAUUAAACAGUUAGAGCACGAGGUGACAGAGCUUCGAAGACUUGUUUCUGAUAAGAGGGAGCAAGAAGGUGCGAUGAUACAGGUCUUGAUGCGGAUAGAGCAAGAACAUAAGGUAACAGAGGAUGCACGGAGACUUGCUGAGAAGGACGCAGCAACACAAAGAUAUGCUGCUGAAGUGCUUCAGGAAAAAUAUGAGGAAGCUGUUGCUGCGCUUGCUGAGAUGGAGGAGAGGGCAAUAAUGGCAGAGUCCAUGUUGGAGGCGACUUUGCAGUAUCAAUCUGGCCAAGUUAAAGCACAACCUUCACCACGAAAUUUUCAGGCAAGUGAAGAAAGAUUUGCCGGUCAUGACCAGUCCCUAGAAUUUGAUCAAAGUCUGUCUUACUCUUUUUCCCACUAAGGAAGCAAGUAAUGACGAGAAGCGAUCAACAUUAAGACACAAAAUACAAACUUUAUACACGAAGAGCAUGAUAAGAAUCUGUUAAGGUUAUAAAUUAUACGAAAAUUAUGGAUUAGCUUUAGACCUAACUAGUAGAUGAUACAUUGAAUUACAGUAUGUAAUUUAUUUGUUAAGCCUAUAGAAACAAUUCGUU